ACGGAAGGGUUGAUCAUCACUGCUUAUACGAUGAAACCCCAAGUCCAAUGUUUGGUGUUUUGGUUUCUAGAUUCAGUUGUAUAUGUAUCCUGUGGAUCUAACCUUGCGUUGAACAAACCAGCUUGGAUGAGCACUGUCAUCAAAAGGGACAUUUCAACCAGUGUCGACAACGCUGUUGACGGUAACCGUGCGGCACAUUGGACUGACGGCGUCUGUACUAGCACUGAGCAUCAUGACCUAUCCCCGUGGUUCGUUGUGGAUCUUCUUGGGCAAUAUGAAGUUCAUAACGUUACCAUUUACAACAGAAACGGUUACCGUCACCGUCUUCAUGACUUUGUUAUAGAGGUUUACCAAGAAAACCCGUCACGCUGUUCAAGGGCAGGUGCUAGUGUCUGCAAAAACUACUCUGGUGUGUUUGGACUGAUUGAAACCGUUAAAUGUGAGACAGAAAUCUUAGGGAGGUUUGUUCGGAUUUGGAAGCCUACGAUUUUGCAAUAUGACGAUAUCCUGACAUUGUGUGAAGUCGAAGUACACGGAAAACACCUAGAAACUAGUCCCUGCAGAAAAACAGUAAGACCAUUAACACCUGGCAAACGUCUGAAUUCAGCGAACAUGGCCCUGGUUUCUGCCGACUCGAAGAUAUCGUGUGUUCAACAAUGUGUCACGACUGAGGAUUGCGUUGGGGUGAACUACAAGGCUGUAUCUAGAGAGUGUGAAAUCAUCACUCGACCAAAUCCAGUAGACACAGUCUCCUCGGACCCACAAUGGCUCUACUACGGAAAUGAUAUGUGUUAAACUGUGUUCCGUCAAUGGAAUUCAGAACAUUAUCUAAUGCAUGUAUAAUAUACUAAGCAGCAAAAGAACCGUUAGUUUGGAAUUUUCCUUCGCAGAAACGGAUAACUGUAAACUCAUUUCAUGUUUUGAUUGUAUAUUUUUGACAACAUCUCCAACUUUACAUGAACAAAGAUAUUCUAUCCCAAACUGAGAAUUGAACCCAGGAAAUGGUCUCAAAAACGCAACCUGAUCUCGGAGAUGGCUGACCCAGCAAAGGAAGGUAAUAAAAUUAUCGGGCCGAACUUAGAUGCAUCCAGGAUACUGAUUUAUCGAGGAUGGUGUAUACAGAUCAAGAACUGGACUAUUCACUCAACCCAAGGGCACCAAGAAAGUAACAUUCGACAACAUGGCGAGUAUUGAUCUACUGCCAUUGGUACAGAUGUGCAUUCUGACUUAUCUGGUGUGUAAUGAUGUUUUCACUGCACACUGGAUUGAGUUAUGCUGUUAUGGUCUCGUGUGAAAAUAUUGAUUGCCCAAAAAUCAUGUUUAUGAACUCCCAUAUGUCACUAACGUCAUGGUUUGUGAAAUUGAUUGUACAGGUUGGGUACUUCAAUCUGAAUGUACGCCGACGUUUGACGAUUAGGAGGUAAUCCGGUGCCGGCUGGGGUUAUAUCACAUAGGAUUCUGUGCGCUAACGACGUAGAAAUGAACCCUGAACCAGUGAUCCAAGACGAUGUUGGGGACACCAUAUUGAAGGAAGUACAGAACGUGAAGCAUGAGCUUGGAAGCCAGAUCAACUCACUCUCGGGGUAAGUCCGUGAUUUGAGUACAAGGUUUACAGAUUUUCGAAUCAAAGCUGUCAAACCUCCAUAGUGGUCUGGAAAAUGCGCGUCACAAUCAGGACAUAAUGUACGAUGACGUUUCCUUCAUCUCCGUCCAGAUGGAAAACGUAGAACAGAAAAUAUCACAGUUCGACAUAGAGAUCGACACCUUAGAAGCCUUCAGCAGACGUGACAACAUUAUUCUAUACAACGUUGCAAAGGAUACAGGGGAGUCGCACAGCGAUUGUAAGUUCAAAGUACUUAACAUUUUAAUAAUAAUAAUGUAUAGACUAAAGCCUGGGUUGCUGAUGACGUCACAUCGACUCGACUCCCAACGUGUUGACAUCUCUAAGCCAAGACCGCUCAUCGCUAAACUACGCCACUCUGAUGACAAGAUCGAGGUUCUGAAAUCACGAGUAACACUCAAGAGCAACGGUUAUGGCGUAUCCAGUGAUUUAACCGUCAGACAACGUGAACAACGUAAUAAUGAUAAUAGCAGUCCAUUUAUAUUGUGCAUUUAUCCAUGCACAUGGCAUACUCAAAGCGCUGACAUAUUACCCCUGGUCAACGAGUACAGAACAC